AGCACUGUGGCCACCUCAUCUCCCCAUCUUCUUGACGUCGACUUCCGUCCUCCAAACUCCCCUCCCUCAUUAUAAACUUGAAGAAAGAAAACAUGAGAGUCAGAGGAAUUUCUGUCCCUGGUUCGUGUCCGUAGAUCUUGCGAAAGGAAGCGGAAGAAGAGGAGGUGAGAAGAUGGCAGAUGAAAAAGGAGGAGAAAGCAAGCAGGUUGUCGAGGAGCUCCCCGGCCUCAUCACUCUCUACUCCGACGGAUCGGUGGUUCGCUAUGAACCAUCUGAUCCUCACUCCCCAAUUUAUAGCAUUCCCCCUUCGACGGCCGCCACCCCCGCCGACUUCUCCUCUUACGACAUCACCCUCUACCCCGCCACCAACGUCUGGGCUCGCAUCUUCUUCCCUCCGGGGGUCACCUCCGGCGAACCGGCAGCCCCUUUUCCUAUCGUCCUCCACUUCCACGGCGGAGGCUUCUGCCUCGGCUCCCCUUCGUGGAGGAUGUACCACACGACGGUCGGUCAGUUCUGCAUUUCUUCCGGUGCAAUUUGGGUGUCCGUCGCGUACCGUCUCGCCCCGGAGAGCAGGCUGCCUGCCGGGUUCCUCGACUGCCAGGAGGCCUUCGAUUGGCUCCGUCAACUGCCGAACUCGCCGCAACCCGACGAUUCCCCCGCGGCCCUCCUCCGCCGGCUCGGCGACUUCGGGCGCGUCUUUCUCGCCGGCGACAGCGCGGGCGGAAACUUUGCCUACCACGUUGUGCUGCAGUCGAUCCGGGAAGGAACGACGCACUCCCAAGCGUUUCGAGUCAGGGGCUUGCUCCUGCUGCACCCUGGGUUCAUACGGGAGGAGAGGAGCGAAUCGGAGAGAAACGGUUCGGAGAGGGCUCUGGUGGAUAUCGACUCGGUGGAGGUGGGGGCGAGGAUGGCGCUGCCGGCGGGGGAGACUCAGGACUACUUCCUGUUGAACCCGGCGGUGCCCAACUCCAGGGAGGCGGCGCUGCCUCCGAGCUUGGUGUUCAUCGGAGGGGAGGACAUCUUCAGGGAUCGGCAGGCGGAGUUCUGCGGGAAGAUGGCGGAUGAGGGGCAGGCGGUGGAGGUGGUGAGGCAGGAGGGGAUGGGCCACUGCUUCUUCCUGAACGAGAAGUUCCGAAGCUCUGCAGAGGCUGUGGACCUCCUGGAAAGGGUGGUCGCCUUCAUCCGAUGUACUGAAACAUAAAUGCAUGAGAAAGAGAGGGAGGGAGUGUGUGUGGUCGGGUCUGUGGCCAUCGAGGAAGAAGAGAGAAGAGACGCUGUGGAUCUGCAACCUUCGAAAUUUGGUUGUUGUGCGUCCUUGUCAAGCAUUUUCUUCGCCCCUAGAAAUUGUGAAGAUUCCAACCACAAUUUAAUGAACCAAACUUUUGCCUGUUCGUAUA